AUGUCCACCCGCUCAAUACGAAAGCCGCGACGACCAGCCCCGGAGAUUCCCGAUGCUGCCAUGCAGCAUGCAGCCGCUGCAGCUGCAGCUGCAGCUUCGCGGGCAAUGCGUUCAAGUCAAACCUCGUCUCAGGAGACAAAAACCCCUUACGAACGACUAGGUGGUCCAGGAAAUGUUGCCAUCCCUCGAAGGCGUCCCGGGUCGAGCCUUCGGAGCACUGAUGAUAGCACGUCUGUCGGUCAAAGCGACUUGCCUAAAGUUUCUAACCCUCGUCGGUCCAAAGAAUCGACUGGUGUAUCGGCUCGAGCCUAUUGCCUCGAUGACCCUGCGGCCCUUCCGCCGAUCACAGAACUCGACGGGCUUGAUGGGCGGGACAGCUCAGUGCCCUCUUCAUAUCGCCGAUUGCGCAAGGCCAAGUCAAUGUUCUCAACCAGGCAGCGAACUUCACAAACUCCAUAUGGAGUGCCUACCAUUCCUUGCGGUGAUCCCCUUGAUCCUGAGUGCAGUCCUGAAUUUCAGCUGCCACGGACAAUGAGACGAUCCAUGUCUUUUCUUCGAGGAGGUUAUCAAUCCCCCCAAGUCGGUCCAACUGCUAAGGGGCACGAUGCGGCUAUUCAGCUUGCUCGUAGUCAAUUCGCCCAGGAUUCCAGCGGUAGAGGUGUUCAGGCUCGACGGUCAUCUUUCCUGCUCAGACGCAAAGAGCACAGGCCACUUCGAAAAUCGUUCCGUGCGACAAGUGAAGGUGCCUUCGGUGCUUCUACUGGGCGUUCUGAUAAAUAUCGAUCUUUUUCAAGUGCCAUCAAAAAUAAAUUCAGACGUGUGUUUGGGUUUUCCAAGAUCGCAGAUCAACAACCUGCACCACAUGGUAGCAACCCAAAUGGCGCCGGGGCGGCUAUGGUACCUCCGAUUGAAAAGGACGCCGAGGAAUACUCUCCUCGCAAGUGUGCAGCUAUUGAAGACGGAAUUUCCAACUCUUUCCAGUCAAUGCCCCAGUCUCCUAGCGGCGAUAGUAUCUGCACUUCCAGGUCGCGCGUCACCAGUUGGGCUGAUUCAACCAUGCCAAACACGAUUGCAACGCGGAAGCCAGGACAUCGCCAGUCUCUCUCCUUGAUUAGGGAGGAUGGGGAUCGGAAUCAGCAACUACCACGGACACCUGCAAUGGAUGAUACCGAAAAUCAAUCUCCUUUGGCCGUUAGAGCAACCACUCAUCAAAUUAGCGUUGUUGAUAGCCAAGAUUUGUACACAGCUUUGAUGAAACAGAUGGGCCGGAAUUCCCUGUCCGAUUCCAAUGAGGAGAUGGUCUUCGGCAAUGUAUCGCAGCAUCGUGUGAUUCCAGAACGGACGGAUUCGGUCCACUCCCAACACGCCAAACGGACUAUCCGCCAUGUCCCAAGUCAAGAAUCCUCAUUCUCACCCGGUUCAUUCGCAACAGCGCGUGGUGGUGAUCAGUCAAGUCCACGAAAGUAUCCGCGCUCAGCUCGGUCGAUGCAAGUUUCUCGAGGCAUGCCGCCUCGGGUGACAAAUCAACAUAGUAUGACAGCUGUUUCAAACAAAAGGUCGCCGCAAUCAACGUACGCUUUGAGCGAGGAAUCAGAUGAUGAUAAAGGCAGUGUUAUUGUUUCUCGCCUUCGGGCCACGGAAAGAGAUAUUGUUUCCCCAAGUAUCUAUUCCCGGACUACCAGUGGCAAUACCCCAGCGAAAACUGACAAUGCCGACAUGGGUAUUGAUGAUGAACCAGGAACAGCGACUAUAUUUACUUCACAGCGAACAACAUACAGUUCACCCAAGCGUGCCAAUCGGGUUGCAUCUCCCACGCCUCCUGUAAAUCCAAGUGUGGAUUGGCAGCAAUGGAUGAGCUCGGAGAUCGAACGAAUUGAGCAGACAAGCCCCACAAGGGAACACAUCAGAGAAGAUGCACAAUACCAAGACGAUGAUGAGUACUUGACCAGCAUAGCUCGACGAGCUCCUAUCGCUGUCACUGCUCCCGCUUCGGCAACUCUGCUGAAGGUUCCAGGCAGCCAAGGUUUCACCGAGCGCAAAGCUUCAGUUGAGAACAGAGUCCCAUCACAGAGCAAUUUCUCCCGUCCCUUAAGCACGCGAACCAUCUUGCCAUUGCAGGCAACCAAGUUAGAAAAUAUGGCGCAGACUCACUCUAACUCAUUGCCUUUCGAUACCGCUGCUAAGUCUGAUGAAAAUAUUUCAUCCAAGCCCAUCCCCAUUGCUUACAAUCAAGAACCGUCCCCGAUCAGACUGAGAUCCGGAAACAUACAGCCACCAGAGUCCCCAACCCCUCAGAGAGUAGGAUCGAAGCGGUCCUGGACCAAAGAACAGCAACGACGCUAUUCAGCCAGGCGCGCUCCGAUCGCCCAAGAUAGCAGGAUCAAUCAUUUCCGGUCCAUGCGCACCCAACGAGGAAACCGUGUAAACAAUGAGAACGCGAUGGAGCAGGAUGAGUACAAUGACAUUAUGGAGAGCUAUAGCCAGCUUCAGGACAUUCAUUCCACCGUCUCUAGCAAGCACAUGGUGGAUUUGUUCUUGGAUAGUCGCCGUCGACAAAUGGGUGAAGUCACUGACAACAAUGCAACCACAGACGCUUUUCUUUGA